CUUAUUUCUUUCCUUCCAAUUCGUUUGUCAUCAACUUGGUCAACUGAACGGCGGAGCAUUAAAAAGUGUUUAUUUUAGUGAAAAAAGAGAAAAUACAUUUGUGAAAUCGAGUGAAAACAACAAUUAUGGGAGAAACUAUAAAUACGAGUCAACAAUUUCCGCACUUUGAAAAGCCAACAGUGCAAUUCAAUGAGAAUGGUUGGGGGCCAUGUGAAUUGCCGGAGACUUUUCGCGAUAUGCCGUACCAGCCGUUCAGCAAGAGCGAUCGUUUAGGCAAAAUUUGUGACUGGACCAGUAGCUCUAACAAUGACAAAAAGUACCAAAACAAGUAUGCUUCAACCUUUGGUACUGGCAGCCAGUAUGCCUAUUAUCAUGAAGAGGAUGAAACUACUUUCCAUUUGGUGGACACUGCACGUGUUCAAAAGCCCCCUCACCAACGUGGACGUUUCCGUUCCAACUUACGCAACAACCGAUCCGCUCGUGGUCGCAAUCAACGUGGUGGUCUCAACUCUGGUAUGACCACUUUGGGUGGCAAAAAUGUUAAAGCUCGUGAUCCACGACGUGGUAUGGGCAAGAAGUUCGGUUCACGCGGUGUGCCACCAAAGAUUCGUGAAUCAUCUGUAGCUGUACGCUCAGAUUGGACUUCGAUUGAGGAAAUGGACUUCCCACGUCUGACGAAGCUCUCAUUGCCCAACAUUAAGGAAGGCGAGGAUAUCAUUACUUGUGGUACACUUGAAUACUACGACAAGACGUACGAUCGCAUCAAUGUGAAGAAUGAAAAGGCGUUGCAGAAGAUCGAUCGUAUUGUUCAUACUGUUACAACAACUGAUGAUCCCGUCAUUCGUCGCUUGUCGAAAACUGUUGGUAAUGUGUUUGCUACUGAUGCCAUUUUGGCAACCAUUAUGUGUUCCACACGUUCCAAUUACUCUUGGGAUAUUGUCAUCGAAAAAUUCGGCGAUAAGAUCUUCAUGGACAAACGCGAUAAUACUGAAUUCGAUUUGUUAACCGUAAAUGAGACAUCGGUGGAACCACCAACCGACGAUGAUAGUUCACCUAAUUCACCACGUAAUUUGGCAAUUGAAGCAACAUUCAUUAAUCACAAUUUUAGCCAGCAAGUACUAAAAACCGGCGAUAAGGAAGCUAAAUUCAAGUUCCAAGAACCAAAUCCAUUUAUCACCGAAGAUGAAGAUGUUGAAGUUGCCAGCGUUGGUUAUCGUUACAAGAAAUGGAACUUGGGUAGUGAUAUUGUCUUAGUUGCACGUUGUGAACAUGAUGGUGUGCUGCAAUCACCAAACGGUGAUCCACAAUUCCUCUCAAUAAAGGCUUUGAAUGAAUGGGACUCCAAAUUGGCGAACGGUGUUGAAUGGCGUCAGAAGUUAGAUACACAACGUGGUGCUGUCUUGGCGAAUGAAUUGCGCAACAAUGCCUGCAAACUAGCCAAAUGGACUGUACAAGCUGUGCUUGCCGGCUCCGAUCAAUUGAAACUAGGCUAUGUUUCACGUAGCAAUCCACGCGACCCCUCACGCCACGUCAUCUUGGGUACACAACAAUUCAAGCCACAUGAGUUCGCGACACAAAUCAAUUUGAGCAUGGACAACGCCUGGGGUGUCUUACGUUGUAUCAUCGACAUUGUUAUGAAACAAAAGGAUGGCAAAUAUCUGAUAAUGAAGGAUCCCAACAAGCCAAUGAUACGCUUGUAUGAUAUUCCCGAUAACACUUUCGAUAGUGAUGAUUCGGAUGAUGGUGAGGGAGAUGACGGUGAAGCUUUUCAACCAGUUUAUACAUACGGCAACAAUAAGAGAAUUUAAAUUGACAACGCCAGAACAGUAAAUUUAAUCUUCUACUUGUAUGUGUGCAGUUGAUGUGUGAGUGAUUAAAUUGUUUAUUUAAUUCGGAUAAGAGAAAAGCCAGCAAGUAACUACAUAACAACACACAUUUUUUAUUACAAAAGGAAAAAAUCAAAUCAACUCUUCACCUUAACUAUUUAGAACGCGAGUAAAGACAAAAUAUCCACAUAAUAUAUUAUAUAAAUAAAUAUAUUCGUUCAUUCAGCCGCUACAGUUUCAGAAUACAAAGAAGAAAAUAUCAAACUGCUUAAAAUAUCAAUACAAAUAAUGAUUAUCCUUCAAAAAUUUAGUAAUAAUCGCCUAUCUUUAGUACUAUUAGAUAUUUGGAAUAAAGCAAAUGAACAACGCAAAAGGUGGGCGUACAAAAAA